AUGGGUGAGAACGCGACGUCGAGCGGCACCUUGGUGUUUUUCGUGAAUGGAAAGAAGGUGGAGGACUCCAGUGUGGACCCUGAGUGGACGCUUCUAAGUUACCUUCGCAACAAACUGCGGUUAUGCGGCACGAAGCUUGGGUGCGGCGAGGGCGGCUGCGGCGCCUGCACCGUCAUGAUCUCCAGAUACGACCGCACCAACGACAAGGUCAUCCACUACUCUGUCAACGCCUGCCUUACUCCCGUGGUGUCAACGCAUGGCCUGGCCGUCACCACCGUGGAGGGCAUCGGAUCCACCACCACAGGCCUCCACGCCGUGCAGGAGCGCAUAGCACGUGCGCACGGCUCCCAGUGUGGCUUCUGCACGCCUGGCAUUGUCAUGUCCAUGUACACACUCCUCAGAAACACUCCUACACCCUCAAUGGCCGAUCUCAACGAGUACUUCACAGGGAACCUGUGUCGGUGUACAGGCUACCGUCCCAUCCUCGAGGGCUUCCGUGACCUGACCUCUGAUGUUGCUGGCUGUGGCACAGCCGGCUGUUGCAAGCUUCGAAGUACAGAUUGUAGCAGUCAAGGUGGGUCUGCAACAGAAAACGGAGAAACGGAAGCACCUGCCUUGCUCUACGACACCAGACAGUUCCGGCCCCUCGACCCUAGCCAGGACAUUAUUUUCCCCCCGGAGCUAAAGGUGCGAAGUGAUCUUGACAAGCAAUACUUGGAGAUACGAGGAAAACGGGUCGUCUUCUAUCGACCAGACUCCUUCGCUCAACUCCUCCGGCUCAAGACGCUGCACCCCAACGCCAAGAUUAUCGUGGGCAAUACCGAAGCUGGUGUGGAAGUGAAGUUCAAGAACCAGGAGUACCCGGUGAUCAUCAAUCCCACGUGUGUGGAGGAGCUCACCUCAGUUACGGUCACGGAGACUGGCGUCGUCUUCGGCGCCUCGAUCACCCUGACCACCUUGGAGGACACACUCCGCACCCAAGUCAACGUCCUUCCAGAACACAAGACGCGAGUGUUCUCAGCUGUACUGGAGAUGCUGCGAUGGUUUGCUGGCAAGCAGAUUAGGAACGGUGCGAACGAGUACUUCCUGGGGUACAAGCAGUCCCGUCGCCGGGAGGACGACAUAGCCAUUGUGAACGCUGGCUUUAGGGUGAGGUUUCGACCUGGCUCCAGUGAAGUUACCCGCCUCGACCUGGCUUUUGGCGGAAUGGCUCCCACCACCGUCUUGGCACUCACCACCAUGAAGGAGCUGGUGGGCAAACAGUGGGAUCCCUCGCUGCUGGAGGACGCCCUGACUCUCCUACUCCAGGACCUUCCUCUUCCCCCUUCUGCGCCUGGCGGUAUGGUGGAGUACCGCCGCGCCCUCACUCUCAGUUUUUUUUUUAAAUUUUACCUGAGUGUGAGAGGUCGUUUGAGCGAGUGCCUGCCGGAGGUGGCGGCGCCCCUGACGCAGGAGGAGCAGCGGGCCAUCCUCACCCACCCUCACGUUGUGCCCUCCUCCACACAGCUCUUCCAGAAAGUGCGCGGUGGACAGAACUCUGGGGACCCCAUCGGGCGCCCCAUAACUCACAUCUCUGCACUGAAGCAGGCGACGGGGGAGGCGGUGUAUGUGGACGACAUGCCCACCUUCACCAGAGAACUCCAGGCUGCCCUCGUCCUCUCCUCCAGAGCUCACGCCCACAUUCUCGCCAUUGACGAGUCUGAAGCGCUGAAGGUGGACGGCGUCGAGAGAUUUUUCUGCGCAAGGGAUCUCCCAGGAAAGAGGAACGCAACCGGUGGUAUUAUCUUUGACGAAGAGGUUUUUGCCUCAGAAAAAGUAACGUGUGUAGACCAGGUGGUAGGCCUAGUUGUGGCCAAGGACAAGGCCACUGCCCUCAGAGCAGCGAGGCUCGUCAAGAUACAUUAUCAAGAUAUCCAACCACCUAUAAUCACCAUUCAGGACGCCAUCGAGGCGAAGUCUUGGUGGGAUCCGUGGACUAUACGCAGUGGUGAUCUGGAGACGGCCUUCAGCACCGCAGACCAUGUGCUAGAGGGCGAGAUGUAUCUGGGAGGUCAGGAACAUUUCUACAUGGAGACAAAUGCCUUCAUUGCUGUGCCUAAAUGUGAAGAUGGGGAAAUGGAGCUGUUUUCGUCGUGUCAAAACCCCGCCAAGACUCAGGAACUGGUCGCCAGGGCCCUUGAUGUACCCAGAAACAGGGUCGUUUGCCGGGUUAAGAGGAUUGGUGGAGGUUUUGGCGGGAAGGAGACGAGGUCCAGCGUCGUCUCGCUUCCAAUUUGUGUUGCUGCUGCCGCGUUGGGACGUCCAGUACGCAUUAUGCUGGACCGGGACACAGACAUGGUGGUAACAGGAGGCAGGCACCCAUUCCUGUGUCGCUGGAGAGUGGCCUUCACUAGCCAAGGCAAGCUUCUGGCCCUCGAGGCCGACCUCUAUGCCAACGGUGGCUGCUCCUACGAUCUGUCAUCUUCGAUUGUUCAGAGAGCCAUGUUCUUCAUUGACAAUGCCUACAAGUGGGAGGCGCUGCGGGUCACCGGCUACGCCUGCAGGACCAACCUUCCCUCCAACACCGCCUUCAGGGGCUUUGGCGGACCUCAGGGCAUGAUGUUUACUGAGGACGUUGUGUCGCGAGUCGCCGCCUUCCUCAAGAUUGAUGCUGUUCAGGUGAGGGAGAAGAACCUGUACGCGAGCGGGGAUACGACCCACUUCACACAGGUGCUGGAGCGAUGUACCGUCGGCCGCUGCUGGCGAGAGGUCCUCCUUCAAGCUAACUACCAAUCCCGUGCGGCUGAGAUUGAUCACUUUAACAGGGAGAAUAAAUACAAGAAACGAGGACUUGCAGUGGUGCCGGUCAAGUUCGGCAUCUCGUUAACGGCCACCUGCCUCAACCAGGCCGGAGCCUUGGUGAUGGUCUACACUGAUGGUUCUGUCCUGCUCAGCCACGGCGGCACAGAGAUGGGUCAGGGCCUCCACACCAAGAUGGUACAGGUAGCAUCUCGGGUGCUGCAGCUGCCGGUGGAGGAGAUAUACAUAGCCGAGACGGCCACAGACAAGGUGCCAAACGCCGCUCCCACAGCUGCCUCCGCCUCCUCUGACCUUAAUGGUAUGGCUGUAUUGGAGGCCUGUAGCAAGAUCAUGGAGCGACUCAAGCCUUAUAUUGACCAGAAUCCCGAGGGAGCUUGGAGAGACUGGGUCAACGCAGCCUACGUGGACCGCGUCUCGUUGUUCGCUACUGGCUUCUUCAAGACUCCUGACAUCGUGAGAUUCAACUUCGAGACGGGCGAGGGGCGGCCAUUCAGCUAUUUCUCAUACGGAGCCGCCGCCACAGAAGUGGAAGUUGACUGUCUAACAGGAGACCACGCAGUGCUACGAACUGAUAUCGUGAUGGACGUGGGAGAGUCCCUUAACCCUGCCAUAGACAUUGGCCAGGUAGAGGGAGCCUUCAUGCAGGGUAUGCGGCUCUUCACCCUGGAGGAGCUCUGCUACUCCCCCGAGGGCGUCCUUCUCACACGAGGGCCCGGAAUGUACAAGAUACCAGGUUUCCAGGAUAUCCCGAGGGAAUUCAACGUGUCUCUUCUGCGAGGGGCGCCGAACCCAAGGGCGGUGUUCUCGUCAAAGGGCGUGGGUGAGUCGCCUCUCUUCCUGGCUGCGUCCGUAUUCCAUGGCAUUAAACAGGCCCUGGCUGCCGCUCGCGCCGAUAAGGGAUUCGACCCAGUCUUCCGCCUGGACUCUCCUGCAACAGCUGAACGCAUCCGCAUGGCCGUUCCCGACUUCCUCACACGCAAGAUUGAGCCAGCAAGCCCUGGAACGUUCAAGCCGUGGUCUGUGAGAGUUUAG